CGUCGCUAUCUGAAGGCGCGUCGGGCCGCGUCGCGCUGGUGCAGGUGCAAAGGCUCUUCGAGAGAGAGAGAGAGAGAGAGAGAGAGAGUGUGAGAGCGAGCGAGCGAGCGCGAGAGUGAUAAGGAUGCGAAAAGGAGAGAAGGGGAAGAAGAAGGGCGAGAAUGAAGGGAUGCGCCGGAGGAAAGGGUGCAGGGCAUGAGUGAAAGGAUUCCAGCAGCUGCCAGUGCGUCUAGCAUCCCGGGGGCUCGUCUAUGAAUGAUUUAUAGAAAGGGGGCACUUUGAGAUAUGAUGAGCUCUCUUACUGGCUGGCAAUAGUACUAUGAUUUGGUAUGUGGCCACUUUGAUAGCAAGUGUGUUCAGCGCCCGAGGAACGGCCGCUCAAGGUGCCCACGGAGUCAGAGAGGAGCCCCAGUUUGUGACUGCCCGUGCUGGGGACACCGUGGUUCUGGGAUGUGACGUGUCCCACCCGCUCAACGGGCAGCCCUACGUGGUGGAGUGGUUCAAGUUCGGAGUGCCCAUCCCCUUCUUCAUUAACUUCCGAUUCUACCCUCCUCAUGUGGACCCGGAGUACGCCGGAAGAGCUAGCCUGCAUGGGAAGUCAUCUCUGCGGAUUGAGAGGGUACGUUCGGAUGAUCAGGGCUGGUACGAGUGCAAGGUGCUGAUGUUGGAGCAGCAGUACGAUACCUUCCACAAUGGCAGCUGGGUGCACCUUACAGUGAAUGCUCCUCCAACUUUCACCGACACACCACCGCAAUACGUGGAGGCUAAAGAGGGGGGCAGCAUCACUCUCAGCUGCACGGCGUUCGGCAACCCCAAACCCUCAGUCAGCUGGAUUCGGGAGGGUGAGCAGUUACAGGACAGCACCAAGUACAAGGUGAGCGAUGGCAGUCUGAAGGUGUUGUCCAUCAGCCGGCAGGACAGAGGAGCAUACACGUGCAGGGCCUACAGCGUGCAGGGAGAGGCCAUCCACACCACACGCCUACUCGUCCAAGGACCUCCAUUUAUCGUCUCCCCUCCAGACAACAUCACCGUGAACAUAUCCCAGGAUGCAUUCUUCACCUGUCAGGCCGAGGCGUAUCCUGGCAACAUGACGUACACCUGGUUCUGUGAGGAAGAUAAUGUCUUCUUCAAGAAUGAUCUGAAGCGCAGAGUGAGCAUUCUGAUCGAUGGCUCCCUCAUCAUUGCCCAGGUGAAGCCCGAGGAUGCUGGGAAAUACACUUGCAGCCCCAGUAAUAGCCUUGGUCGGCCCCCCACUGCAUCAGCAUACCUGACAGUGCAAUACCCUGCCCGUGUGGUGAACAUGCCACCCGUCAUUUAUGUGGCCAUCGGACUGCCGGGGUACAUCCGCUGCCCGGUGGAUGCCAAUCCACCUGUCACUUCAGUGAAGUGGAAAAAAGAUGGUCUGCCUCUCCGGAUAGAGAAGUACCCUGGCUGGAGCCAAAUGGAGGAUGGGAGCAUUCGAGUGGCCGAGGUGACAGAGGACUCUCUUGGCACCUACGCCUGCGUGCCUUACAACGCCCUGGGUACCAUGGGACAGUCCCCUCCCGCCCCCCUGGUGCUAAAGGAUCCACCUAAGUUUCUGGUGGUUCCAGGAGGAGAGUACAGACAGGAGGCAGGAAGAGAGCUAGUCAUCCCCUGUGAGGCAGAAGGAGACCCAUUCCCCAGCAUAACAUGGAGGAAGGUAGGGAAGCCCAGCAGGGGCAAGCACAACGUCCUACCAAGAGGCAGCUUACAGUUCAAAUCUCUCAGCAAGGAGGACCAUGGGGAGUGGGAGUGUGUCGCUUCCAAUGUUGCCACGAGCAUCACUGCCAGCACGCGCCUCCUCGUAAUCGGCACAAGCCCUCACGCCCCCAAAAACAUCCACGUUUCGGUCUCGACGACCUCGGCCAACGUCUCAUGGGAGCCAGGCUACGAUGGCGGCUUCGAGCAGACAUUCUCAGUUUGGGUGAAGAGGGAGCAGCUAGGCUCGCAUGACUGGCUCUCCAUGCCUGUGCCAAGCGCGCAGCACUGGCUGCUGGUGCAGGGCCUGGAGUCUGAAACGGCCUACCAGUUCAGCGUCCUGGCGCAAAACAAGCUGGGCACAGGCCCCUUCAGCGAGGUCGUCACUGUGAACACUCUAGUAUUUCCUAUAAGUACCCCCGAACCUCUGGUGCUGCUUACCCCACCACGGUGCCUCACAGCCAACCGGACACAACAGGGAGUCCUGCUAACAUGGAUUCCUCCAGCCAAUCACACGUCGCCGAUCGAUCGUUACAUCAUGGAGUUCCGCCUCGGCGAGAGGUGGGACGUCCUGGAUGAUGCAAUCCCUGCAGGAGAGACAGAGCUGUUGGCCAGAGAUCUGAUUCAGGAGGUAUGGUAUGAGUUCAGAGUUAUGGCAGUCAUGGAGGACCUCAUCAGUGAACCCAGUAAUUUAGUUGGGGUCUCCAGUACAGACUUCUUCCCACCGCCAGACGUGGCAGACGAGGGGCUGGCGCGGCCGGUGGUGGCGGGCAUCGUGGCCACCAUCUGCUUCCUGGCAGCAGCUAUCCUCUUCAGCACACUGGCAGCCUGCUUUGUCAACAAGCAGCGGCGGCGUAAACUCAAGAGGCGACGAGAUCCUCCGCUUUCAAUAACACACUGCAGAAAAAGCGUGGAGACUCCGCCAUCUUCUGGAAAGAUGAGUCCAGAGAGCGUCCGAUCCAUGGGAGCUCCAUCUGAGUCAUCUGAGGAUGGAUUACGAUCAAAGAAAAGUCCUGCCAAGGAGAAGGAGCUUUCCUUAUACAAGAAGACCAAAAGAGCAAUAAUUAGCAAGAAAUAUAGUGUCUCUAAACAUGAAGCUGAGGCUACUACACCUAUUGAGUUAAUCAGUCGUGGGCCAGAUGGUCGCUUUGUCAUGGAUCCCACUGAUAUGGACACACCUGUCAAGCCUAGGCGUAUUGAGGGCUUCCCCUUUGUGGAAGAGUCAGACCUUUAUCCAGAAUUUCGACAGUCUGAUGAAGAGAAUGAUGAUCCAGGCCCCAUGCCUCCUAUGAUGGCUACUCUCAGACCCCAUCAGAUCUCUCCCAUUUCUUCCAGCCAGGAAUCUUACUUGCAGCCCCCAGCCUAUAGCCCCCGCUUCCAGAGGCCAAUUGAAGGUAUGACCAUCAUGGAAAGCAGUCGACUUCAGGCCAUGGGGCAGAUCCGUGGUGCUCCUCAUUUUCGAGCCUUUUCCCAUGGUCAGUUCUACUUGGGCAGCUAUUUGGGCAGUCCUGGAGAACCUGAGCCUCCGCCUCCUUUCUACAUGCCAGACACCAGCCCACUUAGCUCAGUAAUGUCUUCACCCCCUUACCACAUUGAGGGGCCUUUUGGUUAUCCAACCAUACCAGAGGAAAUCAGUGAAGGAGAGAUUCAGCACUAUGCAGUCUCAGGCUGCUCCCUUCCCUUGACACACACAUCAUCCCGUCCUCCGGAUAGCUGGCAACGGCCUGAUUUCUCCUUUGCCACAUUUGAGGGUCCUCACUUCAUAUUCCCACCCCACCACCCUUUGCAAUUUCACCGGGAACCUUCUCUUCCACCACCUCUCAUUCUCCCUCCUAGUGCUCUCCCACCUGCUUCCAUUCAUAUACCCCCCUAUCCUGGUAUUCUUCAGCUGGAGGCCCCAAAGAGUCGGCUAGGCAAAUCUCCCAGCAAAGUGAAGCCUCAGGGCCUUCCAGCCAAGCAUUUACCUAUGCAAGAGGCACAGAGUCUAGGGCAGCUAAGACACACAAGCCACGGUAUGGGUGUGCCGGUAUUGCCUUACCCUGACCCAGCGUCUCACAUUGUUGGUCCUAGCUCAUUUGGAAGCCUGGAUACCCGUUGGUAUGAGUUAACUCCCAGGCUCAGUCCCAGACAGCCCCGUAGGAUGGAACCCAGCAUGGUGGUACUCCAGCCUUCCCGUCUCUCACCUCUUACUCAAAGCCCCAUUAGCUCUCAUGAGGGUUCUCCAGAGAUUGUAGUGCGCCCCAGGCCUCGUCCUAGUAUUGUCCAGCCUUCCAUUCCCCCUGAGAUGUCUGAAAUAACCCUGCAGCCACCUUCUUCUGUUAGCUUUUCAAAAAGAGCCUCACCUUCUUCUUCCCCUGCUCAAGGCCAGGGAAGCCGAAGGGCAAGCCCUAUUUACCGCUCCCACAUGGCCUUUGGCACCUCAGCAACAAGCUAUCCAUCCCAAUCUCCGUCACCCCCCAUGGAAAGCAGCAGCAUUUUUAGACAGAUGCCAACCCAGAGGAGGAGUGAGGAGGAGAUUCUGCCAUCUGCCUCUCCGCCCCAGCUAUCAGCUUCAGGAAAACGUCGAGGUACACCGAGUGGUCCUGCAGGGUCUGAGAGGAUAGAAGCACUGAGAUACCAACGUGUCAAAAAAGUCAAGAAGUUUGCGGUUAACAAUAACAACUCCAAGGCCAGAAAGAAAAUGGGUGUGUCGACCUCUCAGACCCAGCAGCCCCACACCUCUCAGGUCCUCCCACCAGAAGAAGCUCUCUACCUCCGCAAGAAGAAGAGGAAGUUAACCAGACAGGACCCGUAUGCCCGCUUCUCUGCCCUGCUGUACCGCCGUCCGCCGCAAGAUGACCAGAAAGCCAUUCUGGCCAGUAUGGACACAGUGGACCCAGACCACGCCACUUUCCUGUGAGGGCCCAGAGAGCAGGCCACACUAUUCCCAAAGCCCACUGGUUCUGCACUGAGUUUCCCACCACCCCAGCUGUGCAGCAUAUCUACACCUCAUCUUCCCAUCCAUGCUUUUCUUUUUGUUCUUUUUUUUUUUUUUUUUUUUUUUUUAAAUCUCUCUUUUCACAAAAUAAUGCUGGUUGGUAGUGUUCCAAGGUUUUGCUCCAGUGCAAGAUUACCUCAAACAGAGAACUAGUGUCAUUGGGAUGUUUAUUUCUCUUCCAAAAAGGCAUGUCAGCAUUUAGGCUCAUGCAUCUGGUUUACAGCUCUCAUUACUCCUCACAUUCCUGCACCUGUUUCAUUCUGCCAGUAGUCUUACUCUGUCUCAGCAGAACACAGGGUUCUCAUGUGUAGGCCAGAUAUACCUCAGAGUCACCCGAGACUCAUCAGUGCAACACUGCUGGACAGACAAACAUUCUGUAACUUCCUAUCAGUGGAACAUUUGGUGGUGUUUUUUUUUUGUAAAUUUUAUUUUAUUUUAUUUUUAUUUCUUGUUAGGUAUCAUUUGUGUUAAACAUUUUCAAAAGAAAAUUAUAUUUCUUUUAAGGCAGAAUGACUGUUAUACUCAUAAUGGUAUUAUGUAUUAAUAUUCUUAUACCACAGCACUGUUGAAUUCUCUAAUCUGAUUGGUCAGACGUUGAUUAAUUUUCUAUAACAGCAGCUCUGACAAUACUUAUUAAGCUGGAACUUAAAGUUUUCAGGCUCUGUGCCUUGCAGUUUCUUGGUAGCAUGGCAAGCUGCAUUUCUUUGUCAUAUUAAAUUCAAGUGAGAAAAAAGAGAGGCUGGUGAUUGAAUGGCUGUUUCUACCUGUUGUAAUAUAAAGGAUGACAGAAACUAACUUGUUUAGGACAUUUCACAACCUGAAAUGUAACUAUAAACGGAUAAAACUACAACAUGUUUGCUGUGCUAUAAGAGGAAUAGAACACUUUGGGAUGUGCUAUUAUUGGAAAAUAAUCAACUUUUGGGUGAUAAGAGUAACUCUGCUUUGGGCCAGGCCACAUCAUGCCACCCCACUGUGGAUUAUUUUAUAACAGCAUGCUCAGUCAGGUUUUAUUCCUUACAUAAUAUGCAUUGUGUGUGUGCAGUGUAGUCUUUAUUUCAUCCAUUUGCUCCACCAUGUAUUUGGAAUGAUCAGUAUUUCCAGUAUUUUUGGGGGACAGUUAAAAAAAAAUUUUUCAAGUCAUUGUUCAUGAUUUUUUCUUUAGCUGAAGACAUCAAUACUGUUAAAUAUUCCGAAUUCAUCCUGAAAAGGGAACAAAACAUUAUCCAGAGAUGCGCACAGGUUACUUUCCACUACGAUCAAAAGCUGCUAUGGCCAUGUGUGCACAUUUUUCUGGGUUGGUCUUUUCUGUAAAUAAGUCUUUUGCAUUGGAGCAAAAUCUUGGUAAUCACUGUGAUGAACCGUUUUAAGUUGAUACUAACUUAGUCUGGAUUUUGUGAGCUCCUGUUAAAAAAAAAAAAAACAACAACAACCAUAAAAUAAUAAGCACCAUAAUAAAAAUACUACAGUCUCCUUAAUCAAUAAAAUUCUUAAGUAUAAUGUACUGUGAGAAGGGUAGGAUUUUGUGCCAUAAUUAGACUGUAGUAUUUUUUCAACUGCAACCCCCCUCCCCCAUCCAAAAAAGACAUAUUUAGGCCUGAGUAGGGCUCUUGAAUGCUUGGCUCUGUUUAGUCGUCUCGUUCUCAUUUUUCUUUCUUUUUUUGUGGAUUAUUUCAAAUGGAAACCUACUGCCUUUGUGGGCCAUUUUUGUAGCCUUUUAUUUUGAGGUUUAUCCUGGCUGAAAAGUAUAAGCAGCACCCCAGCUCCUGUCUCUAUCCUCUGGAAAGACAUUAUGGGAAAUGCCUAAGAGAAGACCAGGCUUUCCCAUGCGGCCAAAGUUUUUUUUAUUGUGUAUCUAUCAUCCAAGGGUGCUUCUUUUCUACUGGUUAAUAUGUAUUCUCACUGUCAGGACAAACAUAUCUGGGCUCAUGUAUGUUCGCUUUGGUGGCCAGUCAUUCAAUGGGGAUGUUGCUGGUGGUGGUCAGCGAUGGUGCUCUACCUGUUUCAAAUCACUUUGUCCCUGCUAAAAAGCUCACAAGGGCGUAGGUUGGCUAAAGUUAGCAUCAGUUAUCGUAAUAGGGACUCCAAAUUUAAGCUAAGUUGAUAUUUUGCGAAUUGUUUUGCAAAUUGAUUGUGUUGGUUCACGAUCAAGCCAAUCCCAAAGGCUAAUCAGUACAAUACAGGCGUGUUCAACAGCCUAUUUUGGGUGCUAUCAAACUUUGGGCGUCUUCGGACUGUAAUCACUUGAAAUCGCUUAAUUUCUCUAAGUUGAUCUUCCAGCAGAUGUGGCUGCUGCUUGUCAUUUUAACACCGCAGUAUUUAACGUUUUAGGAUUUCAACAUCAUCCAAGCGUUGGAUCAAACUUUCAAUGUUUGCCUAGGCAUCUUGACGGUCAAUAUCUACUCUCCAUCAAAAUGCUGUUUUUUUGUUGUUUUUUUAGAGUUAAAAAAUUUCCUCAUUCAAACUUGACUUACAUCUGGGUGCUGAAUGUGAUCACCAAUUUGCAUUUAUGAUUUUAGCUACAUUGACAACAGGCUGGGGUGUACCUCAGGCAAGUAAAGGCACUUCCUGUUGGCACGGUUAUGAGGAUUUAGUUUUAUUUUGUCAUGACUGCACUUUCAUAAAAAAAAAUAUAAAAAAAGAAAAGAAAACAUAGAGGAAUACCUUUGAUGUAUUCUAUGCUUACGUGAGACCAGCGCAUUACAAGUGUACCUAUGUAAACAUUUUUGAUUCUUUUAUUUCACCUUGGUUAGGGGACUGAUUGUCAGCUAGUAAUACAUCAUUUGGAGCUUUUAGAUAAACUGCACUGAGCUUGACACUUUUAAUUUGGCUUUGCGGUUCAGGUCAAACCACUUCUUAUGUUCUGUGAAUGUUUUUUCGGUCUUUGCAAUGAACAUUUUCGCGUUUUAAUCUCUGUACCAUUUGUAAUUUAAAUAAAUGUCUGAUUAGAUGACAAUUACCCAUGAAACACAUGACGACACACCUUUAGGUAGAUCCUCACAAUAGGUAGCUCAUUUGGAAGAUGUGCUCCUCAAGUAUUUACAAGACAUUUAACUGGGCAAAUUUUUUUUUUUUGGUAAACUAUGGUGCUUUGUAAAAGAUAUAGAACUAUUUAAUUAACUAAAUACUGUUUCUUUUUUCAAAAGAGUGAUAUAAAAAAGGAAUAUCCAAAAUGCUAGGAAUGUACUGUAAUAUGUCAAAAUACUGUAUAUAAUAGCAUAUAUUGCACAAUGUAUGAUAAAAUUUGAGUAAUUUUGAAUAAAUUGGACAAUAUAUGCACGCAACUAAAUAUAUUCAUAAAACAUAAUCCCAUUCAUUUUCUAACAAUGUGUUUGUAUAUUACUUUUUCAUGAGGCUUUCGUCACUUUAAAGCAUCCUUAAGCGUUAAAUACAAAACACAAAAGAAGAAGCAUUUCCACUGACCCUGCAUUUGAAGAGUUUGUCAGCUUUUUUUGUUGGCAGUCAUCUGAAUCAUUGUAAGCAUUCAAGUGGAAAGGCAGGAUUUAUUCUUUUUUUUUUCUGUGAAACUAUUGCCCAAACCUAAACUGAACAGUAUCUUCUGUAGCACCAUCAAGUUGUAUUUCUGCUUGUUGUGUAAUUAGGCUGUGGCAGGGCAACGCAGAUCCUCCAGGAGUUUGUAGGCUCUUGAGAGGUCUAAUAAAUGCUGAAUAAACAAUGGCUCAUAAACAGUGCAAAAGAAGAUUUGUAAUUAAAAAAAAGAAAUAAGGCUUUUAAGAGCAUGAUCGAGUGCACACUUGGGCUCAUUCAGUAGCAUUGUAGCUGUCAUCGAGUGACAAUGACACUGACAAGCUUGACCUUAUAUAACUCAUUGACUUUUUUUUAUUGCAUUGCAUUUAUUUUAUAUAGAAUUUCUAUCUGUCCACAGAACAAGCAUUCUAUUACUUUAUCGUGACGAUUUAUUUCAAGAAAAACAUUUUCCAUUCCAAUCCAUAAUUUGCGUUUGCAUAAUAUUGAAUAAAACACCCAUCUUAGUAAAGCUUGAGUCUUUGUUUUAAUUGAACACAAAUCAUUUUCACUUUUUUCUUGUCAUUAUUUUUUUUAAAUCCAUGUGUGAUGUCAUGUUCAUAGCUCUAAAAUGUUUUUGGGUUUUUUUGUGGAAGAUUUGAUUGUUUCAUCUCGGAGAAUAUUUACUCAUUUUAGAUCUGUUUUGUCACUUUUACUGGAUGUAUAUUCAUUUGUCUCAUUUAGGUCUACACUUGGAAAUCCUUGUUCUAAGGAUAACUGAGCUAAUAUCCCCUCUGUAAGGCUUCAUGAAUGAAAUCUACAAGAAUAUAUGCAUAUGGUAAAUGUACAUUUCUCUACCGAGCUUAAAUGUUUAGUGGUGAUUUUUGUUUAUUAUUAUCUUUAUUUUUAUUGACUGAUGCUUAGCUCACUGGACAAGGUCUUGGCACUUUCUCUGUUAUCUUGUAGCAGAUUAAAAAAAAAAAAAUGUAUAUAAAUGAUUAUAGACAUAUUUAGCAUGAUCUUUCGGUUUUGUUCAAUGCUAUUAUCCAGAGCAGAUUUGUUUCAGAAUGAGUGCACGUGAGAUGAUUUUCCAGAAUGAAGUAGAUUCUUUAUUAAUUACUUUUUUUCUUUUUCAUAUCACUUAUAAGCGAUGAAGAGAUGUUGUGAUGACAGGGAAAAACAUGCCAACAAUACCUGUUAUCAGUCUGCCAUUAGAUCAUUUAACAUAACAACUAGACCAAAAAACAUUGACUUAAUUUGAAAUAAAUACAACAGAUUAGCAAGAUUUUGUUGAACUUCAAAAGAUUUCAAUUCAAAUUUUGGCAUCGGAAAUGUGAUUGGAAAUCGCAAUAUUGUCAUAGGCGAUAGCAUUGUGAUCUAAAACUGGGUGUUAUAAUGUGAUCUACAAUUGAAGGCAAAAGCUGAACCUAAUGAUUUUAUUCAGAACAGUUUUGCUGAUUGGCUUUAUCGUUUGUAGUGAGUGAGUACACUAUUAAAAAUAAAGGUACCAAACUCUACUUUUCCUUGUUGUUGGAGUGUGUACCAUCAAGAGAACAUCUUUUGUAACUUCAGUAUGUAUUUUUUCCUAGGAAGGUAAAUAUAUAGUGUACCUUUAAAAAUGACACGGGCCACUGAUAUACCUUUAAAGCAUUACGCUAAAAGAUAAUUCAAUCUAAACAACGUGAAGGGAAACAAUACAUACUAAAGGUAGAAAUGAUGAUCCUUUGAUGAUAUCACUCCAGUGACAAUUUGGUACCUUUAUUUCUGAGUCGGUAAAUAUACUUAUUUUAAUUUCACGAAAGGUUUCAGUACCCCCUGGUGUGCUUAAAAUGUAAAAGAUUUCUAUUACGUCCGACUAAAAACGGAACUGCUCAGUACUUGGCGAGUUUUUUGUAAACACAAAUUUGCAGAAUGCAUGCUUAAACAUUGACCUCCUAAAGAACAUCAGGGAUUCAAACAAUGACCAUGCUGCUUACUUUAUGCGGAUAAGGGGUGAGGGUCCGGUAUCAGCACAAUAUGGCACAUGGGGGAAUACGGGAUGUCAGGCUUCAUUUGGCACGCCAUGUGCUCGCAGGAAAUACAUAGAAAUGAUCAGGAAUGUCAGCUGACCGCAGAUACACACGAGACAAUAGAACUUUUCACAAGUUGUAAAUAAAGACUACAUAUCUUGCAAUAUAUUUUUGUACAUGAGAAAUUGCUGCACACUGUGGAUAUUGUUAGAUGAAUGACAAAAAGAAUCAUUUUAUGGUCUGUAUAUUGAACAAUGUGAAUAAUAAGCUUACAAAUCAGAUUUAAGAGUUAUGAGAGCAAAAUGAUUAAAGUAUAUUCAAAAUAGAAGAAUUUACAAACCAAAGGGGAUAAUGUUGUCUAGUUGUGGGGUAGGUGGUUCUUUUGCUUGUAAUACAUAGCAUUUUAUUCAUUAUGUCUUUAUACACAGCUCUGCAUCUAGGAAUAUAUAACACGUUGAGAGGUAAAACGAUUGGAAAAGUGCACAAAUACUGAUAUAACAGCUAGAAUAACAUUGUACUUCAUCAGAAAACUCCAGAAUUGUGAUUGUUUUAAUUUCUCCUGUAGGCCUUAUUUGACAAAAUAUUAUAUUUAUUUUCAUACCAUCAAUUCCCUUUACAUUAAAACUUUUAACUGUGAAAAAGCCUAUGGAUCUGCUGUUUGCAUUGCGAUAUCAGAUCACACAUCAUUUGAGCCUGUUUUUUCCUUCAUGUUUUUUUUCUUAUUUAAUUUUUUUUUGUAUUUAUCACAAACACAGCCGCAAUGCAUUAUUGUCCUAUAAUGCUGUUUAAGUUGGUGAUGUGUCUGCAUAGGCUUACUGCCUCAUUGACUUUAAUGGUAUUUGAUUGACAGGAGGGCACACAUCCAAUAUGUAUAGCAGCACAGUGUAAGAUAUGUGUAAUCUGUAUUCUUCUAGUAAGCAGACUAUACAAGUAGAGAUAUUUUGGCAGUGUACUGUAUGUAUAAAGGACAGAUAUUUAUAGCUACAAAUGAAAAGAAAACUGGAUGAUCUAACUUUUGUAAAAGGUCAAAGAAAGUGUGAUCCAACUUUGAUGUCCUGUUUAUGAAAAAAAUUAUGUUUUCUUCUGUCGUGGCGGUAGCGAAAGUGUGGUUAUUAGCGAUACGACAGAUGUAACAAACUGCUUUUGUAGUAUACCUGUAGAUACUCUUACAGUCUAAGUAACAUUUUAUAGAAACAUCAGUGUGGGGUGUAUCCAUUCGCCAUCCCAUUGACCACAUUAUGACUUGGUGCUAUUUAUGAUCCAUUUUGUGGUCUAGACAGGAGAUGACUUUGGCGCAAACGUUACAACGUCACAUUUCACACAUGUUCAGACUAAUGUGAAGACCUAGCUGAGUAUUUGUUAAUAUUUUGAUGCAACAAAAAGUUUAUCACUGUUAAUUGUAUUAAUGCAGUGUUAGCAAAGACAUGUACCAAGUAAAGAAAUAAGAUGUGAUGCUUACAAAAUGCUGUAAACAAACUCUUGUCAGAACAAAUGGUCUGAAUUAAAUUAAGAAAAAAUAAAUAAAGACGUUAUGUGAAUACAUAGCAUGUACAUUGCAAAUUUUACACAAGAAAGGAAGGAAGGAUUUGUAGCAAAUGAAGGAAGGAAGGAAAGAAGAAUUUGUCACAAAGGAAGAAGGGUUUGUAACAACAGAAAGGAAGAAAGGAAUAAUUUAUAACAACUGGAAGGAGGGAAGGAAGGAUUUGUAACAACUGCUCCUGCCAUUGUCCAGUUCACUUUUCAGCUCUUCAUAUCCACUCUCUCUGCUUACACUUUGAUUUCCAUGUCUUCAAGUUUUUACUGCUCAUGAAUUCAUUUAACUGAAACUGACAUUUCUGUAGACUAAGGACAAUGAUGAAUGUUAAAAUUCAUCUUCAAGUCUAAUUGCCAUACAUGAAAAUUUUAGUAUGUUAUUAACAUGAAAAAUAUUUCAAAAGAUGACUAGAAGUACAUUUUAAAUGUUUCAUACAAAAGUACACAUACUUAUGAUACACCUUGUCUAAAACAUCACAGUACAUGCUGUCUUGUCCAUGCUUAGUUAUUUUGAAGUAAUUAGUUUAUUUACUUAUCGUUUAACUAGUUAACUGUAAAGUUAAUGAUAAAAUAUUUUUGUCUGAAUAUAUUAGAAUACAGAAGUAAAUCAUAAAUAUAAUGUUUUUUAAAAAAUGGUGGCGAGCCUGAUUGUAAAAGACUUCAUAGUAUUUUACUAUCUUUGUGUUGCAUAUUGUCAGUUAUAUCAUCCAUUCAUUCUGUACCGACACAACCACUAGUUAAGCCAAAGGGCCAUUCCUUCAGCCACUGUGUCUUUAUGGUGUCUAUAGAGCUUCAGUUGGUUAGUAAAGACUCAGUGUUAAAGAAGGCAAAGGUGUUUUCUUAAAACUAGCUUGUGUAUUCAUUAUUCAUUUAUGUGAUUUCAGUAGUAGCCUGGGCCAUUCAGGUCUGUAGGAAUGUGGUUCAGAAAUAAGUGAUUCAGCAAUUCACAACUGUAUGAAUGUGAUUCAGAAUUCAGUGAUUCAGGACUGUAGAAAUGUGAUUCAGAAUUCAGCGAUUCAGGACUUUAAGGAUGUGAUACAGAAUUCAGCGAUUCAGGACUAUAAGGAUGUGAUUCGGAAUUCGGCAGUUCAGAACUGUAGGAAUGUGAUUCAGGACUGUAGGGAUGCGAUUCUGAAUUCAGCGAUUCAGAACUGUAAGAAUGUGAUUCAGAAUUAAGCGGUUCAGAACUGUAGGAAUGUGAUUUAGAAUUCAGCGAUUCAGGACUGUAGGAACGUGAUUUUAGAAUGCAGCGAUUCAGGACUGUAGGAAAGUGAAUCAGAAUUCAGCGAUUCAGGACUGUAGGGAAGUGAUUCAGUACUGUAUGGACGUGAUUCAGAAUUCAGUGUUUUAGGACUGUAGGAACGUGAUUUAGAAUUCAGCAAUUCAGGACUGUAGGAACGUGAUUCAGAAUACAGCGAUUCAGGACUGUAGGAACAUGAUUCAGAAUGCAACGAUUCAGGACUGUGGGAACAUGAUUCAGAAUGCAGUGAUUCAGGACUGUGGGAAAGUGAUUUGGGAUCCAGUACUGGGAACGUCUCUCGGUUCAGGCGUAUUGACCUAUGAUUUAAUUCCAUGCAUGCCAUUUGGAAAACAAAGAGCUCUUACAUCUGAAAUACUGAGUUGGCCUUUAUUUCACAUGCUCUGUGCUGGGUAAUAGCUCAUUGGGUUGCCAUGUUCAGAUGCUACAGUGUUAUGUAACCUUUACUCUGCUUCAGAAAUGUUUUGUAUUUUGAUAUAAUAAAAGAAUGAAAACUAA